CUCUUUUUCACUACUGGCCACAACAGCCCACUUGCCACAAAUUCUCUCUCCUUUUUUUCCAAUUCAAUCUAAUUUUUCUCUUUUUGGGUUUCUUUGAGAGUUUACCAAAACAAGCAAAAGAUUGAGGUUUUGCUCACAAAUAUACUAAUAUUAUAUAUUAUUUUCUUUGCCCUUUUUCCUGGUGGGGUUUUGAAGAAGUUGAGAAAAGAAAAGGAAAGAAAAAAAAGAGAGAGAAAGUGAGUACACGAAUAAGGAAAGUUAUAGCGUGUGUCAUGUGCUUGUGAAAGUCUUUCUAUGCCUUUCUUUCCUCAUCUCUUCCUUCCAUUGAUGAUGUAGAGAUAACCCAGAAAAAAGAAAUUACAGAGAAAGAGAGAAUCAAUCAAUCAAUACCUAUUUCAUCUACUAUACCUCUCUGGUCUUCUGGGUUUUGCUCUAUAUUUAGCUUCUUCUGUUAAUUUUGAUCCAUAAAUUCAAAAUCUUUUUUUCUGGGUCUUCAACUAUUUUGUUUGUGGGUUGUGGAGAUGGUGAGAGGGAAGACUCAGAUGAGGCGUAUAGAGAACGCUACAAGCAGGCAAGUCACCUUCUCCAAAAGGAGAAAUGGGCUUCUGAAGAAGGCCUUUGAGCUGUCGGUUCUUUGCGACGCCGAGGUCGCGCUCAUCGUCUUUUCUCCGAGAGGAAAGCUCUAUGAAUUUGCCAGUUCUAGCAUGCAGGAGACGGUGCAGCGUUAUCAGAGGCACACAAAAGAUGUUCAAUCAAACAAUGCAUUAUUAGUGGAGCACAACAUGCAGCAUUUGAAGAAUGAAGCAGCGGACAUGUCAAAGAAGAUAGAGCAUCUUGAAGCUGCAAAACGGAAACUCUUGGGAGAAUGUCUAGGGUCGUGCACCAUCGAAGAAUUACAACAAAUUGAACAACAGUUGGAGAGGAGCGUAAGCACUGUCCGGGCCAGAAAGAUGCAAGUUUUCCAGGAACAUAUCGCGCAACUAAAAGAAAAGGAGAAAAUCCUAGCAGCUGAAAAUGCAGUUCUAUGCGAGAAGUAUGGCCUAGAUCUGCAGCAAGAAUCAAAUGAAGACAUGGAAAUUGUGGCGUGCACAAAAACUACUGAGAAUUUAGAUGUGGAGACUGAAUUGUUCAUCGGACCACCCGAUGCGAGAAUCAAACGAGCUCUGCAGAAGUAACGCGUGACAAAAUUUCCUGGCCAAGCCUUGCAAAUAUGCAAUAUAUAUAUAAUCAUGAUAACUGUUUUCAUUUUCCACCUGUUGUCGAGAACAUUAUUGCUUCCAGAAAAUUAUUUUGUCGCAAGCAAUAAUACUGAGGGCAAAAUUUUGCUCAUUGAUCCUUAAAAGAAGAAUGAAUGUACUUCUGCAAUUUAUGUGCUGAAUGUAUGUUAUGUGAUGGUCCCAUGUGAUUUUUUGAAA